AUCCUUUUAUUUUUAAACAAUGAUUUCCAUAACAUUAUUAUUUCGACGACAGCAACUACUGCUAUUAAAACGACUUAAUAAAACAAACCAUCUUAUUCAAUAUUACCGUUAUUAUUCAAAUCAGGGUCCACCAAAAGAAAAAGUAAAAGCUAUCCCUUUUGCACAACAUAUUAAAGCAGCUGAAAAAACUUUUGAAGAUUAUCAUGGGAAAGGAUUCUUUGCUGCUCGAGUAUCACAAUCUUCUCCAGUUGAAGAAGUCUAUCUUCCCUUCUGGGUUGUAUCAGCCACAGUCAAUGCAACUAUUGAACAGGCCCAAGUAGGUAGAAGAGUAAUUAGAACAAGUUAUAACCCAGCAACUAAAAAAAACGAAUCUCGAUGGGAAACAGAUUGGGCCUGGAUUCCUCAACAACAUCAUUUUACUCGUCAUUAUAACCCAUUAGGACAUUCGGGUUUACAAAUUUAUGCCUCUCAUCGUUAUCGUCGUGGACUUGUGAAUAAAAUGACAACAGGACCUGCAUUAGAAAAUGCAGUCCAGUUUACACCUGAUCUCUUGGAGACAUCUCAUGGGGAUGAGACCAAAGUACGUAAAGUAGAUCCUUUUAUGCUUUAUCCAACUACAGCACGUCGAUUUGCAACUGCUUAUAUCCAAGAACAAGAGGAAUUAUUAGCAGAUCAAUUCCUAAGAGAGUUUUAUAGUAUGGAUGAAACACGAUUAUUAAAAGUGAAACUUGAGCUCAAAGAUGUACGUGUGUCUCCUGUUUAUUAUCCUGCUUUUAUAUUUUCUAUUCAUUAUUUGGGAAGAAGAUUAAGGACGUUUGUGAAUGGUUAUGAUCUAUCAGUUGGAGGUACCAAGAUAUAUAAUCAUGAAAGAGUGGCCGCUGUCUCUGCUUUGGGUAUGGCAACUACCAUGACAUUCACAGGUGGAAUAGGUUGGGGAGGAGCAAGUGGAUCAUUCUGGUUAGGUAUCGUUUUACCUACCGUAGCUACUUCUUUUCUCGCCAUGUAUUAUCCUAUUAUUUCACUUUACAUUCGUGAUAUAAUCCGAAAUCAGGAAAUUAAAGCCAUGAUAGACGAUCCAGAAGGAUGGGAUAAUGAUUGGGUAAAAGAAUAUACAGCAUUUGAAGAUCAAGAAAGACGUCGAACAUGGCGAGAGGAGAGAGAAUAUAGUAAUAAUAUGGGUAAUGACCCUAAAGGUUAUUAUCAUAUCUUGGGAGUUAGUCCUUCAGCAAAUCAACAAGAUAUUCAAAGUGCAUUUAGAGGACUUGCUAUGAAAUACCAUCCAGAUAGAUUUACAAAUGAAAAAGAAAAGCAGGAAGCAAAAAUCAAGUUUCAAGCCAUAUCAUCAGCCUAUAGUGUAUUAAGAGAUGUGAAAAAACGUAAAAACUAUGAUAGAACUGGCAGUGAAUAAAAAAUGGGCGAUUGUCGGAUGUUGAUACAGAUUUAAUAAAUUCUGUUUUUUUUUUAUUUUUUA